UGCUGUGUUUCAGCCAAUAAGAGGGCACAGUGGGUGGGACAUGAGACAAAUGGACCAAUAGGCUGCAUGCUGAGAGGUUAAUGAGAAAAGCUGCUGGGCUUCUUGCCAAUCGAAGCUUCUCUUCCACAAUGAGACUGAGCUGUAGCUAAUUAUAUACUGUACUGAGAGAGAGAGAGAGAGAGUGAGAGAGAGAGAGAGAGACUGGGGGAUAGAAACAUAGGAGGGGUCACAGAGGGCGACUAAGCUGAAGUGUAUGUGUGUGUGUGUGUGUGUGUGUGUGUGUGUGUGUGUGUGUGAGACAGAGAGAGAGAGAGAGAAAGAGAGAGAGAAGAGUGUGUGAUCAACACCAGAGGGUGACCAAGCUUUCAAGCUUGAGAGAGACAGAGAGCAGAAGAGAGAAUGCUGACAGUGGGUGAGACAGAAACAAGAGCAGUUAGAGGAUAGAUAGAGGGAGAGAGAGAGAGAGAGAGAGAGAGAGAGAGAGAGAGGAGGGAGAGAGUGUGUGUGACUGAGUUGGAUGUUUGCAUCAGCUUUAGCGUUGCCGGCUGUUUCAAUGAUCAGACACACCGGUCCUCACUACAGCACGACACCCACAGAGGCGAGCAAUUCUGAGCGCAGGUCCGAGUGAAUUGCGAUCUUGUGCGUGAUGCUGUUCAGCCGAGAAUCUUGCCACCAUCCGGACCCCUCGUUCUCCCCAUCAGCCCAUGUGACCUAGUUUUGGCCCCUCAGGCCUGGGGGAGACCCCAUGAAUCCCAGCCUCCCCCCGAAAAAGCGCGAGUCCCGGCAAGGCUCGUCUGAACAGCGCCCCCCGGAGGACGAGUUCAAAUACCCGGCACCGCUUCGACACCGGAGACAAUACCUUUCCGAAGGGCAGGAACACGUACCGCGUGGCGAUAAAGAAUUCCUUCCACCUCCUCCACCACCUCCCCCACCCCAACUUCCAGCCCUUCCGUUUCCCCUAUCAUGGCAGCUGCCCUACCACUCAUCCCUUCACCACCCAUACCUUUCUGGCCAGGUGAGAGAAAGACGUGGCUCAGGUUCACCUUCCUGGAGAGAUGGAUCAAGUGGACGGAGGUCAGAAGGUGAAACAGAACCGCCAAUUCCUCACCACUCUCGCUGGCUACGAGGAGAAAUCAAUUCCCUUGGUUUGCAUCCGUCCAUGUCAAUGCCUACAUACAAGGGCACUUAUGCAGUCGAUUCCAGGGACAUGUGGCCCUAUUUCAGGCGAGACUAUGCCUCCUCUCUCUUCCCUUCAUCAUCCUCCUCACACCUUUUCCCACAAACAUCACUCUACCACAAUGAUUUUCUUUCAGAAAGCAGGCUCAGGUACUCAAGCAGGAGACAUAAUGGUCUCGAUGGACAAGGCAUUAGAUCAGAAUCCAGUGGAAGGGUGGAAAGUGGAAGUGACUCUCAACCAAGAGUUGGUGGUUCCCACUCCAACGGAAGGAAGAAGAAUCAAGAAGAUCUGGUAGGGCGCGAUACUAGGAGGGUAUCCCCGUCCCAGGUGGGUCCUAAUGCACAUUCCUUCCAUCACAAUACGGACAGGGACUCUCUGGCAAUCCUAAAACCUCCAACUCCCCACACUUACACCUCUGAAACACGAAAGACAAAGGCUUCUAAUGAGCCUUCCGUUGGAAGUGCCUCCCAAUCAGGAGCUCAGAUCUACUAUGCCCUGGGGUCUCUGUACUCCUCAGUUCACCAUAACCCUCAGGCAUACCCCAGUUUUAAUCCCUCAGGUCCUCCUCCAUCCCCUCUGAGGAACUCCCAGCACUCUCCUCAUGGUCAACACAACAACCAUGGGGUCUAUCAGGAGCGAGAACUUUCACCAGGAUCCUAUCGACCCUCUGUUUCAGUCCUCAGUGGUCCUGACCCACCAACAAGUGCAGUCCUACCUCAUUUUGCCAAGGGUUCCCUUAUUGAGUUGGCCGGUGGCCGUCUGAAAAGGGUGGAAGAGUUACAGACGGAGGAUUUCCUGCACAGCGCCGACACCACACCUGAGUUCCACCUGAGUACCUGCACCAUCCUACUCAUCUCACCUGGACCCACCGAUGGCUUCAAUCAUCUGCAGGUUUUGCUUGCCGACUGCAACACUCAGGAAUUGCUCACGGUUUUGGAGGAGUAUCCAUUUUUUGUGCGGGACAGAGGCUGGUCUUCAUGCAGUCCUCAGAGGAGCGCCGAGCUUUACGGCCUCCACUGCCGCCAGCUCAGUCCGGGAGAUGUCUGCCUGGCUUUGACCCCUACGCCAACCUCAUUGCCCUCGACAGCAACAACAACCUUGACACCUAUGCCCAACUCACUGACCCCAGUGGCCACCUUAGCCUCCUCAGUGACCUCGACGAUGAACUCAUUGACCCCAUCGUUGACCUCGUUACCCCCGCCGAUGACCUCAUCGAUCCCAACACCCACCUCGCUGCAACAACUCUCAUGCAGUCGCAUUUCUGCAGGAUCAGAGACCAGCACACACGGAUCUGACAGAACGGCACCGCCCCUUGCCACAUCGCUUCCGUCUGAUUCCCGGCGGGAGAUCCAGGAUAAGCCACGCUCCCGAAAGAGACGCUGGUCCGCCCCCGAGUUGCAUGAAGGAAAUAGGAGCUGCACAGAUUUACCUCAAGGAUGUAAACGAAUGAGACAGCAGUAA